GGCGACGGAAGCAGAAGUGCCUCGCGUUGACCGCAAGGCCCCGUGUGAGUAAGGAGCUCUGCAGGUGUCAGCGUGCAGCCUGCUGAUGCGUCCCAGCGCCACCUGCUCCACACGCCUCCUGUUUGGAGCUCAUACGUGAACUGACUGCAGGCUGCAUGUACUGUAUGUGAGUUUGUAUGUGUGUUGCAGACAUGCAUGGAGACGUGUCGCACGCGCUCGCUGUGCCACCUCUCCACUUCCUGCCAUGUUGAAAACCACAGGCGGGUCACGUGACGCCCGCAGUCUGCGCUUUUGUGUGUUCAACAGCACGAAGCUUCACUUUGAAUCAAUUAUAACGAUCAGGGUGUUCCUGUUCUGCUUCGCGAUGGCGGUGAAGAAAGGCUUCCUGUAAACGAUACGCAGGAACCCAAAAGAGGAAGAGAGCGGUCAAGAGGAAUGGACCGGACAGAGGAGAACGGCAGCGCAGUCACCGAGGCGGAUGCUGCUCAUCCAGUUCGCUGCACUGAGGAAGUACUUCUCCCUUUCUUCACAGAUGACAGUCUGCAGGCCGUCAUGACUGCUCCACAGCCUCCUGCCUCCCACGGCCUCCCUCCCCUCAUCCCGGACCUGCGACUGGUCCUCCUGGGCAGGAAGGGGGCCGGGAAGAGCGCGGCCGGCAACACCAUCCUGGGGGGGGUGGGGGGCUUCGAGAGCGGGAAGCCCACGGAGGAGUGCGUGAAGCGACGCGCCGACGUGGCCGGACGCAAGGUCACGGUGGUGGACACGCCGGGCUGGGAGUGGUACUACCCACUCAACAGCACAGCGAACUGGGUGCGGAGGGAAACGCUGCGCAGCGUGUCGCUCUGUCCUCCCGGGCCUCACGCGGUGCUGCUGGUGGUCCGGGCCUGCGCCGCAGUGACAGGGAACUACAUCCAGGAGAUAGAGGAGCACCUGGGGCCGCUGGGGAGGGACGUCUGGGAGCACACCAUGCUGCUGUUCACCAGAGGCGACGAGCUGGGCCUGACCUCCAUGGAGCAACGCAUCCAGAUGAGCGGCGCGGGGCUCCAGAGGCUGAUCCACAAGUGCGGGAGCAGAUACCACGUGGUGAACAAUCGGAAUAAAGGAGACGAGGCGCAAGUGAAGGAGCUGAUAAGGAAGGUGGAGCAGAUGGUGGAAGCGAAGAGGGACGGAGGAAACUGUUUAGAGAUGGAUAAAAGUGUUGUUCUGGGCCUGGAAGCAGAUGCGAAGAGGAGGGCGAGGGAGAGGAGGAAGAAACAGAGGCAGAUGGAGACACAGAUGCAGAGAGGCAUCAUCAAAGCUGCUCUCAUGAACGACUGUCCUCAGGGUUCGGAGCUAGAAGCCCAUCAGUCCUUCUCCAAGGCUUCCAGACGCCUACCUGAGAUCAGACUGGUUCUCCUGGGGGAGCGGGAAACUGGGAAGAGCUCUGCCGGAGGCACCAUCCUCAGCAACGUGGACCUUUUCCAAGCCGGGGCCGUGACAGAGGAAUGCAGCCGGCAGCAGGCGGAGGUGGGCAUGCGGCUGGUGACGGUGGUGGACACGCCGGGCUGGGAGGCCGGGGUGGCGGGUGCUACGCCAGAGAGGGUGAAGAGGGAGGUCGCUGCCAGCGUGUCCAUGUGCCCCCCGGGGCCCCACGCGCUGCUGCUAACGCUGAGAGUGGACACGCUGGUGCAGGCGGGACACGUGCGCGAGCACCUGGAGCUGCUGGGCGACGGCGCGUGGAGGCACACGAUCCUGCUGUUCACUCACGGGGAUCAGCUGCGGGAGGGCGUGGACAUUGAGCAGCACAUCCAGGGCGGCGGCAGGGACCUGCAGCUGCUGCUGGAGAGGUGCAGAGGCAGGUACCAUGUCUUCUGCAACGUGGACGCGAGAGGACGACGCGGAGGCGCCGCGCAAGUGACGCAGCUGCUGGAGAAAGUGGAAAAGAUGGUGUCGAGGAACAGGUGUGAGGCCUUUUCCAGCCUGGUUCAGGAGGUGGUGGAUCUGAGCCAAAACAAGAACGAAAGGUUCAACCAGCGCCUUAAAGACAUGGGGGAGAAGGUCCUCCGUCAGGAGGCGGAGUUGAAGAAUAUGAGAGACAGGGAGAUGAAAAGCAUACGGUGGUUUUUUGAUAGGAAGAAGAAAGUGAAAUCACCAGGGAAGGCAGAUGUUCAACGAGAAGAAGAGGAGGAUGAGGACAGGCGGAUCGGUGAAAGGAAGAAUGAUUUUGGGGAGCUAGAAGAACGAAUGAAAUGGUUGACAGAGGAUAAAGAGAGAGAACUUCUGGAUCUGAGUAUAGAGACUAACAGAAUCCAAGUAGCACUAAAUCAAUGUAGAAAAGAAAGGGAUGAAGCGACACGGAACCUGGAGCGCAAAGAGAGAGAGAUUGAAGAACUGAAAGAAAGAAACGAUGAGCAGCAACUAAAGCUGCUCGACCUUGAAUGUGCAUGUGUAGAAAAUGAACAGAAGAGGAAACAAAGGGAGGAUGUCAUCAGAGCGGAGAAACUACAGCGGAGACAGGAAUUUGAGCAAUUAAAACAAACUAUAGAGAUACUUGAGAAAGAGAAAGCAGAGUGGACGGAAAACGUUCAAUCUUUAAAUGCAAAGGUUGAGCAGACCAAAAGACACUUCAAUGAUCUUCUCCAGAGAAAAGAACAAGAAAAGAAGCAGGAGAUGAUAGAGAUGAAGGAAAAACUGCAAAAAGAGAUGGAAGUGAAACUGACUGAAAACGACAAAGAGCUGCAAGAACUGAGACAUAAAGCUGCCGAAGAAAAACUGAAAACUCUCGCUGAUGUAAAGCAAUAUGAAAAAGAUAUGGAGAAGAAAACUGAACAAAUGAAAGAACAACACGAAAAAGAAAUGAAGAGAAAAAUGCAUGAGAAAAACACUGAGAUUCAGAACAUUAAACUGCUGCACCAGGAAGAAAUGAAGAGAAAAACCUGUGACACUGAAAAAAUGAUGGAGACGAUCAAAACUGAGCAGCAAGAAAAAAUGCAUCAGAGAUUAAAUGAAAAAGCAGAUGAGAUGGAACAUGUCAAAAAACAACACGUCACUGAAGUAAGGAACAUGCAGGAAGAAAAAGAAAGAGAGAUUUUGAAACUGAAGAAGGAAAUGGACAAACAAAUACAGGCAGAACAGGCAAAAAUAACAGAGUUAGAACAAAAGUAUUUCACCAUAAUAGAAGAAUCAGUGUUAGAGAAUGAAAAAGAAAAGGAAAUGCUUCAUCUAAAACAUAAAAGAGAAAUGACACAAAAUAUGGAGGAAAAGGAAAAAGUAAUAGCAGCUUUAAAACUGCAGCACCAGGAAGAACUGACAAAACUAGAAAAAAUGGAAAAACUGAGGAGAGUUGAGCACCAGGAAGAAAUGGACCGAAAAGUCAAACUGAAUGAGGAAAACUUAGAAAAGAUCCAACAGUACACUGAAAAAAUAAGGGACAUAGAACAAGAAUGUCAAAGGACGACAGAAGAGAUGAAAGAGUCAUUUGCAAAAGAAACCGAAAAACAGAAGCAAGAGUACAGAGCCCAGAUCAGAGAACUCAAGCUGGAACAGGAGAAGGAGAAAGAAAUGAUCAAUAAAAUGAAUGAGAAGUACAUCCUACAGGAGAGAGACAGACUGACAGAGGAAUUCAAACUUCAGAUGCAGAAACGUGAAAAGGAAAACGAAAGACACAAGAAAGUGAUGGAGGAAAGAGUGACAAAAAAAGAAAAGGAGGUUGAAGACGUGAGACUGAACGUCAAAGAACUUAACACGAUGCUGCAAGAAAAGGAAGAAAAGGAACAAGAUCUUUUAAAAUAUGGAAAAGAAGCCGAACAAAGGCUGAAAGAACAAGAAAAAGACAUUGAGGGGCUUAAACUAAAUGUUGAAGAAAUGGAAACAAAACUGCAUCAAAAGGAAAAGAAAGAACAAAAUAAUUUAUGUUAUGUGAAAGAAAUGGAGCAAAAGCUUGAAGAAAAAGAACAAGAGCUAAAAGAAUUGAAGGAACAACUAAAACAACUUGAACAAAACCUCCGACAGGUCGAAACAGAAAGAGAAAAAGAUCGAGUACAUCACACAACUAAGAUGGAGCAGAAGCUUGAAGAAAAAGAACAAGAGCUAAAAGAAAUGAAAGAACAACUAAAACAACUUGAACAAAACCUCCGACAGGUCGAAACAGAAAGAGAAAAAGAUCGAGUACAUCACAAAACACAGAUGGAGCAGAAGCUUGAAGAAAAAGAACAAGAGCUAAGAAACCUGCAGCAGCAGGUGAAGGACCUCAACGACGUCCUGCAAAGAAAAGACGAGGAGAGAGGAGAAAUCAUCCUGAGCCAAAAGAAAGAGGCCGAGCAACGGCUGCGACACACAGAGACGGAGAUGGAGCAGCUGCAGCAGCUCCUGCAGGAAACGCAGGGGAGAGUCGCAGAGAAGGAGGCUGAGAUUGAAAGUGUGAAAGAAGAGGCCGCCUCCAGGGAGGCCCGGUGGAGAGAAGAGCAGAAGAAGAAGCAGGAGAACGCAGAGAGUCGGACAAACAGACUGAGAGCAGCUGUCGACGAGAAAACCGAGGAACUCUCGCGAGCUCAGCGUCUCCUCGCGCAGAGAAACCGGGAGGCCGACGAGGCGGCGAAGACCUGCGCAAACUACGUGAAGCAGAUCGAAGAGCUGCGGGAGCUCAGCCGCAAGCAGACGUCCGGCGUCGCGGAGCAGCAGAGGAGCAAAGAUGCAGAACUGCAGGAGAAAGAAGAGGAGCUCGAGCGGCUGAGGCAGCGGGAGCGCGAGAACGAGGAGGCGGUCGCCCAGCUGAGGCUCACCAUGGAGCAAACCAAGUCCGAGCUGAAGGAGCUCACCCGCAAGAUGGAAAAGGAGAUGAGCAGCAUGAUCCAGGAGUACGAGCAGGAGAUCGCCAGCAGCAAGGAGCACCUGGAGUCGGUGGCGAAGGAGAAGGAGGAGGCUGCGAGUCGCCUGGAGGAAGAACGGCAACGUGUCGCAGACGUCGCCCAGAAGAACGAGCAGCUGCGGCAGCAGAACGAGAAGAUCGUGAAGGAGAUGGAGAACCUCAAACUAAAGUAUGAAGAGCUGAGGAAGGAGAGCGAGGAGGAGGCAAGGAAACACCUGAGGAGACAUGAGGAGGAGGUGCAGAGCAGAGACGCUGAGCUCCAAAGAAUCCUCCAAGAGAAAGAGGUGCAGGUCAGAGCGUUGAAUGACGCAAAAGAGGAACUACAGGAAGAGCUAGAAAAGAGUGUAGAGAGAGAGGACGAGGCAGAGAUGAAGUUGAAUGAGCUGAGAGAAUAUUAUUUCCAGCAGCUGCUGGAGGCACAAAGGGAGCGACGAGAGGAAAUCCAAAACAGGGAGCAGGAAAUAGGUCGAAGGGAAGAGGAGCUUCAAAGAAACACAGAGGACUUGAGCCAAAAAACGCUUCGACUGGAGUCAAAGGAGGAAGAGCUUAUUGAAAAAGAGGGAGAGAUUGAAAGUAAGGAACAGGAAGUUAGAAAGUUGGAAGCAAGUUUGAAGGUAGGACAAAAAGAGCAGGAGGAAAAACACGAGCAGCACUUGAAGAUGAAGGAACAGAACGUGGAGAAAAAGGAACGAGAGCUGGAGAAGCUGCUUCAGGCUCUCGAGGGCCAACAGAAGCUGCUGAGCUCUCACGGCCAGGACCUUCAGAGGAAGGUGAAAGGCCUGAAGGACCACGGCCAGGAGCUGAGGACCAGGGAGCACUACCUCAAAAGCGAAGAGCAGGAGCUGCUCAACCUCAAGUCAGAGCUGCAGCAGCGAAAGCAGCACACGACUCAGCAGCUGGACGAGAUGGGCCGAGACCUGGCCUCACUCAAGCAGGAGCUGCAGAGCAAAGAGAGCCGCUUGGAGCUCGCCUUCCAGAAACUCCGCAAGUGGGAGGAGAGCCUGGAAGCACGACAGGCGGAACUGGAGGGGAGCGAGCGGAACGGUGGAGGGGGGCGCGAGGGGGGCGGCGACGGGGGGGAUCGCGAGUCCGCCUCGCUCGGUCCAGAAGCUGAGAGCUCAGAGGAUGCGUUUCAUUUCAUGUACCAAGAGGUCAGUGAGAGGAGGGAACGGGGUGGAGGCAAGGAGUGCGAUAACAGAGAGACCUCGGAGAACGGCGAGGAGACGCCGCAGACGGGCCCGACAGCCGCUCACAGCAACAAUCAUCUCGAAACACUACAGGAGAUGGAGGAGGUAGAGCCAAGGGAGGGGGCGGGAGGAAGACGGGCGCUAAAGGGGACACGACAAGCUAGCGGCGCUGAGGACGUGAGACGGGUCAACGAUGUCGGGCUGCCGGUGCAGAGCCUCGCAGACCCUCCCGAGUCAGAGCUGAGGGUCAUGCUCCUCGGGGAGUCCUGGUCCCCCCGCGCCCCCGCGGGCGCCCCCGUCCUGGGGGGCGGGGCCUCCCACGGCGGCGGCCGCAGCUUCCGCUGGUGGAGAGGCACGCUGGGCGGGCGGCGCCUGGCGCUGGCGGAGCCGCUGGGCCUCCGGUGGCGCGACGGGCCGGACGCGGCCGGCUCGGCCCAGAGGAGGGGCAUCGCGGCCGGCGCCUCCUGGUGCGGCCCGGCGCCGCACGCCGUGCUCCUGCUGGUGCCCGCCUUCCUGGCCUGCACGCCGCGGUACAGGGCGGCGGUGGAGCAGCACGUGGGCCUGCUGGGGGACGGCGCCUGGCGGCGGGCGGCGCUGCUGCUCGCCUGGGGGGAGACGCUGGGCGUGAGCGCGGAGCAGCACGUGCUGAGGAACGGGGACCUGAGGGCGCUCGUGGACAGAUGUGGGCGCGGGUACCAGGUGCUGCGCCGCCGCAGCGGCAGCUCCGUCCGCGAGGCGCUGUUUGAAAAGAUGGAGGACAUGUUUAAACAGAGAGAGCAGGUUGUGCUGUGAUGUUACUGUAGCAGUUGAACAGUGAAUAUUGACUUCCAUCAAGUGUGUGAAUGUUUUUGAAUAAAUGCAGUUAAUUGUA